CCGGGUCUAGUUCACACCUGUACCUGGAAGACAUUUGUGGGGCCUGUAAACACCCUAAAGCCAGAAGAAUUAGAUCUGGAACAUCUGAUCUUUGAAAACCCAGCCGGCGUUACUAAAUUUCGUAUCGUUCAUGGAUGGCUGCAAGCUUCAAACAAGAUCCACCCUCGACAGUAGAGAUCGGAAACUAAGAACCAUGUUGCAUGAAGCCAGGGACAGGCAGAAGUUUGUCAGUGAUGUUCAGUAUCUGCGGGACAUGCAGCAUAAGGUGGACUCUGAGUAUCAGGCUUGUUUGAAACGACAGGAAUACAAAAAAGACCCAAAUGAGAAGACACAGGAUCAGCUAUGGGGGAAGGACACAAGUGACAGAUCCCGCUUUUCAAGUGGGUCAUCGUCCAAACAGAGUUCUAGUGAGGAGGAUUCUUUAAGUGAACCGAGAUCAUCUACCAAACUACCUACAGCUAAAUGUGAGCCCAGACUUCCAGCCAUUGACCAAGCUUCAGUCAAGCAGAAACACAAAAGUACCAUGACUCCAAGGAAGCCAGAGAAAGUGAGCCCCAGCAAAUCCUCCCCAGUGGCACAGGCACCAAAGAUUUUAUCAAGGAAGAGGAGGCCCAACCUGGGGCGAUUGACAGUCAGUCCGGAAAUGCACAGCUCAAGAGCAUCUGGGGAGAGAAGCAGGCAGAAACUACAGCUGUCAGCAAAGGCCCCAGCACCCCUGGGAGUAGAUCCAAUUGUCCAACCAAAAAGUCUAAUGUGUGCAAACGAGACUAAGCUGAAGAGGCCAGCUCGAGAGAGAAACCUGGCCUCAUCCGCAGAGCUCAUGAGAACAGCUGGGAAGCCCCUCGAGAGACAGAAAAAAGGAGACCCAAGUGUUCGUCCCCAGAACGAACCCCACGCUGCCCUUUCACAGACCUUCCAGCCAAUGAAUGGUUCUCAAGUGCUGAGUGAGUCUUUGGGGGCUCCACUGCUCCCCACCACCGUGGUAGGCCCAAGAAGGGCACCAUUUCGGUACCACGAUGAAGAUUUUUACUCUGCGUUGUCAUUAAGCAAUGAACAAGAAAACUAUGACACAGAAGACGAAACGCGCGUGGAAGAGGAACUCCUGCUGGUUGGGAUGCGUUCUCCUCCCAGCCAUAAGAGAAGCCGAUUUCUUGGGACAUCAACCACUGAAAACAGAAAUAUUGAGGAAAAUGCUGAAAAUCUCCGAGGAAAUUUCGUAAGAUGGAAUGAGUUCAAUCCUGGAUCUUCAAGAAAAAGUGGUACCACAGAGCCAGCAGACAAGCAGCCUUCCACUGAGCAGAGACUGCCACAAGACACCAGGCUAUGUGGGGAGCUGCCUAAAGAGGACCCCAGUGGAGACCAAGAAGAUGAGAAGACUGUUCUUUCAGGGGAUGCCAAAUCUAAUGAUGUCAUCCGAGACAGAGCUGAAGAUGAAUCCAGUGACUGUCCUAUGGGAGACAGGCCCAUGGUUUACAAUUAUGACAGAGACCGGCAAAAUUACUUAAGUGGUUCUCGGAAUUCAUUCGACAGCUUAUUUUCUGGGAGAGCCACAGCUCCAAGAUCAUCCAUGAAUACAUCUUAUAACACGCAUGGGUCCCUGCUGCAUUCUACUCUGUUAGAUGAUGUCCCCACAGGCUUGUCCAUGUCAUCUAUUCUAGUCCCCAGUUCAGAUAUGGAGGAAAACCUGAGGUUCAAUGCACGCCGGCCACUCUCACCAAUCAGAAAUAGGAAUCCAUUAGCCACUGCUGAAAACCACGAUGAUGACAUCCAGGGAGCGGAGGAGAUGGCGUCAACAAGCCAAGCUCAGGGGUCUCCACUAUUGGCAGAAGAUCUAUCAAAUCCUCAAAGCAGCGUGACCUUGGGAAAUUCUCCCAGCUCUUCUACAAGAAGACAUUUACAAGGCCAUUUCUAUAUGCCUGGGUCCCUGCAAGAAAACAUACCUUUUACUUUCUUUGCACUGUCUGAUUUUCCAAAUCCAAAUGAUCAUGAGACCAGUGUUAGAGUCUCUGAUAUCAUGGAUGAAAAGGGGACCACAGAAAUGAAGGCAGACCCCGAGAAACUCAGGAAAUUGCAAGAAAGUCUCCUGGAGGAGGACUCGGAGGAGGAGGAGGGAGACUUGUGUCGAAUCUGUCUGAUAGCUGGGGGUUCCCCAACCAACCCCCUCCUGGAGCCUUGUGGUUGUGUGGGAAGCCUGAAGUUCGUUCACCAAGAGUGCCUGAAAAAGUGGCUGAAAGUGAAAAUAACAUCAGGAGCAGAUCUAGGUACUGUGAAGACCUGUGAGAUGUGUAAACAAGGCCUGCUGGUUGACCUGGAUGACUUCAACAUGACCGAAUUCUACCACAAACACCAUCAAUCCCGGGUACAGAGUAGGCUGAUGAACUCCGGUUUGUAUCUGGUACUGCUGCUUCACCUGUAUGAACAGAGGUUUGCAGAACUCAUGACACUCAACUACAGGCGGGCUUCCAGAGAGAGGGUUCCGAGUCGGGAGAUGGUAAUGAAAGCAGUGUUUACCCAGGCCGGGUCAUCUAGCAAGGGAGCUGGUCGUGGAGUGCAGCAGAGACCUCUCCACCCAGAAGCCCUUUCUGCACCCCUACCCUGUGCCUCCCUUCUUCCUUCCCCUUUACUGAACCUGAAACCAGUGUGUUCACAGUUACUUUUCCCACCUGGGCCACUCCGUUCAAGUGUGUGGCUUGAUUAUCCACGGGCAGCCACGGGGACCAGCCUCGUCCCAGCCAACACAGGCAAAACAGCCGAGUCCCGAGUGGGCUUCCCUGCUGCUGCCCCUCAGCCCAGCAUCCCAAGUGGACCCAGCAACUCUGGCAGCCCAGCAGCCUGGGCUCCCACUGCUGAGGGCCCGCCCCUCUUCAGGCCUCAGCCCACCCUGAGUGGAGUGGAUCCGUGCAUUCAGUAAACUGACUCUAUUCUCCCAUUUAUUUGGUAUUUAUUUCCCUAACAGGCUGACAGUCUGGAACUGCAACCCGCCUCCCAUGUUGUUUCUGCCCACCACCAGAGUCUGACACAUCUCAGGCACCCAUGGGCUGGGGUGAGCUGGAUCCCAUUUAGGAUCCGUUGCAGAUGUGGAUUCUGUGAUUAUUCUCCUCAUGACAUCUAAGGAAUCAAAGACCAAUGAGACUUAGCAUGAUAAAAAAAGAAAUCAG